AUGGCCAAGGAUUCCGUGAUCGAAGACACCCAGCAGACGCUGGUGCAGCGCUUCAGAGCCUGGGGUGAAAACUCAUUCCCACCGACCUUGCUCGCUUCUCUCAUCUUCGCGCAACAUGCUCGUCCCUUCCAAUUUUUCCCAAUGCUAUUCCCUCCCAUCCUGCUGUUCACCAGUUAUGCCAAUCUGCAGGGCUUCAAGACCGAGACCGCUGGUAUCAGUGCCGCCUGGUCAGGUCUUUAUCUGCUUCUGGCAGGUCGCCGUCGCCAGCCGGUCAUGAAGAAGUUUGGAGCUCGCGGUAUCGUGCGCGGAGCAACCAUGGGUCUUUGUCUGGUCAACAUGAUUGGCGGUGGACUGGCCUAUACCCUUGGAAAGCGGGAGGAAGAAGAGACCAAGCCCAGCCAGUAA